CUCUAUUUCCAACAAGACGGUGCGCCGCUUCAUGUUUGACGUCUAAUCAUGAACACAAUGCGUGCAAAGCUUGGCGGCUCUUUAAUUUCGAAAAAUGAUUCAAUCAAAUGGGCCAAGAUCAUGCGAUUCAACGUGUCUAGAUAAUAGGUAUGUUAAAUCAAAGUUAUGCGCCAAUCAACCAGCAACGCUCAAGAAGCUCAAAGACAACAUUCAGACCACAAUAGACGAAAUUCCAGCAGAAAUGCUGCACCGGAUCAUCGAAAAUUGGUGUAAAUGGGUGGAGCGUCACCGGCACAUGCUUAUCUAAUCAAAUAAACAACUCAGCGAUGGACUGAAGUGCGAACUUUGCGCGGCAAGAAGUGAGCUAAUCGAAGAACUAUUAUCGAUACUACAUAACUACAUCGCGACAUACAGACAAAUUUCGGUUGGCCAAUCGGUGGUUGAAUCGAGCACGCACUCAUUUGUUGGCGCUGCCAUGCGUUAUACCGAACGCCGGUCUAUUGACGCUUCGCUGCUCGAGCGUAGUGGCGAUGAGGAAGCGAACGCAGUUGAAAACGUCGCGUACGUAACGAAGGACACGAUGUACAAACGUAAAAAGUGCACCAUACUGCUCGUGAUUUUUGUGACUUGUGUCAGUUUUCUGGGUAUCGUGCAUUUGCUGAGUAAUGCGCCCGAAUUUAAUCAGUACCGAAUAUUACGCGCCUAUCAGCAACAAAUUCGAAAUGAAGCAACAGCUGUCGACGCCGGCCGACCGCGCACCAUACUCUUGUGGAAUAGUUUUUUCAAAAAUAAACGUUGGGGCUUCGACGAGGAUACGCUUGGUCCGGACUACUUUCGCGAUAAAAUGAAUUGUCCGGUGUACCGUUGUGAUUUGACGAAUAACCGCGACUUUUUACCUGCAAUUGAAAUGUACGAUGCAGUGCUCUUCCAUGUGGCCGAACCGUUUCCGCUAUUGCAUUCCGUGCCGCGCGUACGUGCGCCGCAUCAGCUGUACGUGUUUGCCUUAAUGGAACCGCCGGGCGAGACUAAACAUGUGCUCUCCGACGAGGGUGGCUUCUACAAUUUGACCAUGAGCUACCGACUCGAUUCGGACCUGCUGUGGCCCUAUCAAAUGUUCGAAGAUAUUGAAACUGGCGCAGAAGUGGCGCCGGCGAUCCGGCCCAAGUGGCGUCAACCGCCAGCCGUGUGGAAUGAUACGAACGUUUCGCAGUUAUGGGAGGGUAAAACUCGUAUGGCCGCUUGGUUUGUGUCGCAUUGUGAGACGCUGUCGAAACGUGAAAAAUUGGCAGCGGCAUUGCAGGAGCACAUUCCCGUGGAUAUUUAUGGGAAAUGCGGCAAUUUCAGUUGCCCCUACACCUCGAAUGAAUGUGAUGAACUAUUGGAUAAAAGUUAUAAAUUCUACUUCUCGUUUGAGAAUUCGCUAUGCAAUGAUUAUGUGACCGAGAAGCUGUAUAAUGCUAUGAAACGCUAUGUGAUACCAGUUGUAUUUGGUGGCGCCGAUUACAGUCGCUUCGUGCCACCACACUCGGUGAUAGAUGCUGAAGAUUUCGAAACCGCUGCAGAGCUUGCUGCGUACCUUCGUUAUGUGGCUACACAUCCGGAGGAGUAUAUGCGUUACUUCUGGUGGCGACGGUAUUAUCGUCUGACUUUUCGUUCCCCAUUUUGUGAUCUCUGUGCGAAGUUGCACAGUGUACCGUUUAGGCAGAAAACACAAACAUAUACGGACAUCGAGAAGUGGUGGAUGGGUGAUCAGUGUCGUUUUGAGGCUAAAAUUAAUUUUUAAAUUUCAGAGGGUGCAUAAAUCUAUGUAGAUAAAGUGCAGUUAUGUAUGUCUUUAUUUGUAACCUAAAGAUUGGUCGGUUUUCAUACUCUUAAGUAGUUAUAAAAAAGGAAAGUGCUGUUGUAUUAUAAAAGUAGUUUCUAUAUAAAUUAUUAGAUGUGUAUAUAGGCAUGAUAGAUAGCUGUCUUCGAUUUGCCAAACACUGCAGAGCAGUGAAUCGAACAAACAACUCGCAUAAAUGUGAAAUAUUCAUACAUAUCAGAAAGAGAUACAAAAUAAAGGGGCUAACAAUAUAUUCUCUUUUGCGAACUUGAUACUCGAAAUUUAAUUUUCACUUUUACAUGCAAAUUUUAUUGAAAAAAAAACAGAGCACAAAGUAAGGUAGCAGAGCAGUGGUGAAUCGAAGACAGUUUUAAAAAAUUUCAUUUAGAACAGUCUUCAGUUAAUACUAUAAGAAUAUAAUAUAUUUUGAACAAA